AUGGCCCGCCUCCUCCUCUCUCUGUCUCUCUUCUUGUUGCUGGUUUCCAUGACAACUGGUCUGAAGCCCCGCCUCCACAGAGACCGGCGAAACAUCAGGCCCAAUAUCAUCCUGGUCCUGACAGAUGACCAAGACCUCGAGCUCGGUUCUCUGCAGGUCAUGAAUAAAACACGGCGGAUCAUGGAGGAGGGCGGGACUUCCUUCACCAACGCCUUUGUGACCACGCCCAUGUGCUGUCCGUCAAGAUCGAGCAUGCUCACUGGGAAAUACGUGCACAAUCACAACACCUACACAAACAAUGAGAACUGCUCCUCCCCGUCCUGGCAGCGGCAGCACGAGCCAAAGACGUUCGCUGUCCACCUCAACAACACUGGCUACAGGACAGCGUAUUUUGGUAAAUACCUGAAUGAGUACAACGGCUCGUACAUCCCGUGUGGCUGGAGGCACUGGGUGGGUCUGAUCAAGAACAGUCGCUUCUAUAACUACAGCCUGAACGUUAACGGGUUCCGACGGGAGCACCGGGACCGAUAUCCACAGGACUACUUUACAGAUGUGAUAACUGCAGAAGCUCAGAAGUUCUUCCGGGCCUCAAAGCGGACCUACCCUCAUCGACCUGUGCUCAUGGUUCUGAGUCACGCUGCCCCACAUGGUCCGGAGGAUUCUGCGCCGCAAUUCAGCGCUCUCUUUCCCAACGCCUCCCAGCACAUGUGA